AUGGGAAGUGCGACAUCUAAAGCAGCCCGCAAGUUACCUAGGGAGAAACCCAGCUGGGCAGGUGCUAGAGCAUCCGACGUUGGUACUAAUGCCGCACGGCCAGUAGCAAGUGAGGUAAAGAAUGAAGCCAUCGACAAAGACUCGAGGGAUCCCCAUUUUAUGUCAAAUCUCCAGCGUCUAGGUCCCGUACCCGUUGAUCAUCAUAUGCAGACCAUCCGAACGGCAGAUCAUUUCAAACACAUGUACCAGACCCGUGCUCAAUCGGAGGCAGAGGCGUCGUCGUCGAACAGCGUACAAAAUCGAAUGCUGGGAUCGACGUUGAGCGACUUGCUUGAUGCGCGUACUGCAGCAUCAUCUCAAAAGGAGUUGGACGCUCUUGCAGACAAGUACAAUAUCGACAUGGAAAAGUUUACAGAGCUUUCUCGGUAUGUCAAUUCACCCAGUAUUGACGAGGACACGAUCGUCGUCAGUACUGACGGAGAUGGUGAGGAGGUUAGGUCCAUGACUGCCAUAUGGCGUGGGCCAAACUUCGGGGACACGAGACAUCGUUGA